CGAGGGAGGCGCGCAGGGUCGCAGCGGCGCGGCAGCCGAGCUUGAGAGGGUCUGGGGACAGUAGUGCUCCCAGUGUGAGGGGCGGCGGCGCGGCGGCGGCGGCGCCCGCGGUCCCUGAGCGAAUUGAGGACGAGGCCGCGAGGCGACGGCGCGGCGGGGCCCCCUCCAGCGGCCGCGCCCGGAGUAAGGCAAAAGAGAAUGAAAGAAGUAGAUAAUCUUGAAAGUAUAAAGGAAGAAUGCCUUUUUGAGGAAGCUCAGAAGGUUGGUGCCAAAUGUUUGUCUCCCACUGAACAAAAGAAACAGGCAGAUGUAAGUAUAAAAUUAUGGAAAAAUGGAUUCACAGUCAAUGAUGAUUUCAGAAGUUAUUCUGAUGGUGCAAGUCAGCAGUUUCUGAACUCCAUCAAAAAAGGAGAAUUACCUUUAGAAUUACAGGGAGUUUUUGAUAAAGAGGAGGUCGAUGUUAAAGUUGAAGAUAAGAAAAAUGAAGUAUGUAUGUCAACGAAGCCUGUGUUCCAGCCCUUCUCAGGACAGGGUCACAGACUGGGAAGUGCUACACCAAAAAUUGUUUCUAAAGCGAAGACUAUUGAAGUUGAGAAUAAAAAUAAGUUGUCUACUGUCCCAGUAAACAGUCUGGAACCCAUCACUAAUAUACAGAUCUGGUUAGCCAAUGGGGAAAGGAUUGUCCAGAAAUUUAACAUUUCUCAUAGGGUAAGCCACAUCAAAGACUUCAUCGAAAAAUACCAAGGAUCACAAAGAAGUCCUCCCUUUUCCCUGGCAACAGCUCUUCCUUUCCUCAAAUUACUAGAUGAAACACUCACACUGGAAGAAGCCAAUUUACAGAAUGCUGUAAUCAUUCAGAGACUCAAAAAAACCGCUGAACCUUUUAAAGAACUUUUAUAACAUUGAUUUUUGAUACACUAAGUGGAAGGUUUCCAGAAAAAUGAUGGUCAUAAGUGGACAUGCACACCAAAAUGGGAGGGAAGUCAGAUUUGCUGAGCUUUGCACUAUUUAACUCCCUCCUGAUGAGAAGAUUUUAAAAUAAGUACAAGUUAGGAAAAUAAACUAUGACUGGAAACUAUAUUCAAUGAACUUUUCCCAGAAGGCUACUCAGAAAGAAAAAUAGACUUAUUUUCAAAUACCAGUUAUUUAACGUAAGAUAUAUUAAAUAACUAUAUCAUUUAAAAUCUUAAUACAGUAUAAAUUAGCAAAUAUGUUCAUAGCAUCUUUCAUUCAAACAUCAUUCCCAAACAGCAGUGAUUUGUUUAAAUGUUAGCUGUCUCAGAUUUUUUUAAAUAGCAAUACAUUAAAAAAUUAUACAUGGCAGGUUAAAAACAUCAAUGCAAUUUUUUUAUAUCUGAGAUACAAUCAAAAGGCUGAAAGGAACUGCUUUCACCACAGCUAUGCCUCACCCUCAGAAGUGUUCCCAAUUUGCAUUGUCUAAUGGCAAGAUACACUCAAAUAUUAACUUGGCAACAAUAUCUGGGAUGUAUUUUCAUUUAAGAAUAAAAUUGUGUGGCUUA